AAGUAUAAAUAGGUACAUCAACUCCAUUGAUGUGUUCUAUUUUUUAUUGGAAUCAACAUCGGAAGGAUCACCAGCAAUAUGAAAUUUUUUGUUGCUCUCUGUUUGCUUGCCGUCGUUUCAGCUGCACCUCCUUACGAUGACGUACAAGUAGUUAAAUACGACAAUGACAACAUCGGAAUAGGAAACUACAGAUUUUUAUUGGAACAAUCUGAUGGUACGAAGCAAGAACAAUAUGGUGAGCUGAAAAACGAAGGUCAAAUUGGCCAAGCUGUGGAAGUCAGGGGCUCUUAUUCAUGGAUAGCUCCCGACGGAUACAAGUACACUGUUAACUAUGUUGCUGAUGCAAAUGGAUACAAAUCGACUAUUGACAAAGAAGAACGCCCUUAUAAAUACAGUAGUCAAUGAGUACGCUGUAGCUAAAUUAAAUAUGCUGUUACUUCACUGCCACAAAAACUUUAUAAAAAGAAGACAAUGAAUUAGUUUAGUUUCGUGGAUAGAACACAAAACUUAUUAUUUAUUUCCUUGCCUUAAUAAACUUGAAGUUAUUAUAAA